UUUGAUGAUAGAACUGAUGAUAUUCCUUUGGCUGCCAUUGCUGCCGCUCACAGAGGAAAAGCAACCUUAACUAACAGUCGUAAAGCGGACUAUGAUUGGUUCAACUUUUUUCUCAAAGCUGACAUUGCCCAUGAAGACGCCUUUGAAUAUGCUAGAGCAUUUGUCGAAGAAAAGCUGGAUGAGAGUUCAAUACCAGACCUCAAUGAUGAAUUGAUGAAGGGACUUGGUGUUCGAGUUGGGGACAUAAUUCGAAUAAAGAAAUACGUUGCAGAAAAGCAUAAUAAAAAGAGAAAUGUAAGUUUCGGUGCUACCAGUAUUAUUCCCGAUGAGAAAACCGAAGAGAACGAUCAGGACUACGCUAAGAAAAUUCAGGAUGAAGAGUACGAACGUAGGUUGCAAGAAAAACGUGAUGAAGAGUUUGCCAGGGAAUUACAAGAUGAAGAAAACCGGAUAGCACGUAGCGAAGGGAGGACGAUACCAAAGGAAGCUGAUUUGUAUGGCAACUUAGAUUCUAUCGUUCAAAAAGAUGAUAAAAAGACGUCUCCAAAAAGCGCACCUCUAUUAUUUGUUGAAA